CCAAAGCCCCAGCUGCCGGCCUGUGCGCUCAGGCUGCAGGCUGCUAAGCGCACGGUGAGAGGCCAUCCCAUGCACCUCGCGCUGCGGGCCCAGGGAGGGGUCUCUCCAGCCUCGCUUUUAUUUGACUGCUGUGAGCUGGAGGAAAUUUCAAGGCAGUCCUACAUCUUGGAGCUAGACAUGGGAGCCAGUGGGAACACUGUGCCUGCAGGAAGAAAGGAGCUGAAGUGAUGGGUGCACAGUGUUUGUGUGGCUUCUGCAUGCGUGUGACAAAGAGGGGGACACACAUGCUGCGAAGGGAUGCACCGACCCGUGUCCCUGUCUGCUCGGUCCAGACCGCGUGACCACUGACUUUCAGCCCAGCAAACCUACGUGGCCAGGAGGAGUUAAGUUAAGGCUGAAGACCAGGCGGAGUGGAACUCCGGGCCGACCUCACUCGUGGCAUUCAACCAAACUUUCGGAGAACCAGACCGAUCCCAGCAUGAUGCAAAUAUCUCAGGGUAUGCUUGGCACCCCUUGGCUUCAGUCCUACCACUCCAGCUCCUCAACCAGCGAUCUCUCUGGCUAUGAGCAUGGCUAUCUGAGGAGAAGCCCUGACCAGUACAGUUCCCAGGGCAGCAUGGAAAGCUUGGAGCACUCCUCCUCUUGCUACCAUCCUUGUCACCUGUCCCCAGCCAAAUCCACCAACAGCAUUGACCAGCUCUCCCACCUACACAGCAAGAGAGAUUCAGCCUACAGCUCCUUCUCCACCAACUCCAGCAUUCCUGAGUACGCCGCUUCGCCAUUCAGCAAGGAGCACUCCUGCUCUACAGACAGCAUGCACUCCCGCGGCAGCCUACCAGAGGGCAUGAAGCAAGCUGACAUCAGGUAUGUCAAGACAGUCUAUGAUUCCCAGCGAAGGAUUUCUGAGGAGUACGAGGUGAAGUCCUCUGCUUUGCUUCCAAGCAGUGAGGCCCGGGUCUCGCUGGAUGGCCGUGGCCAUGGCAGGCUCCACAACUUCAGCCGGAACAACACAGCUCCCUCCUGGGUGCAGCCAGGCCAGGGCUGCUCAGAUAGCGAAAGCAAGCCCAACAAGGGACCUCCCUUGCCUCCCACUCGCAGUGACAGCUACGCAGCCAUCAGGCAUCACGAAAGACCCAGCUCAUGUUCUGGCCUUGAUCUGAACAAGCCUAGCCGAACCCAGCUGAAAGGGUCCUGGUCUCCUCUUGUCAGCCCCCUCUCCCAGGGACCUCUGCUGAAGACCCACUUUGGGGAAGGGCAGCUGCACACAGUGGUGGAGAAGAGCCCGGAGAGCAGUCCCACAGUGAAGCCCAAGCAGAGCUAUUCCCAGCCAGGGCAGCCCCUGCUGCCUACCGGAGUCUACCCAGUACCUUCUCCAGAGCCACACUAUGCCCAGGUGCCCCAGUCUUCUGCAAGCAAUAAUGGGACUCUUUUUCCAGCUCUGGCCAAAGAAAGUGGCUACUCUCCAUCUUUUCCAGUCUCAUAUGACAAAGGUGAAGUCAGCAGCACCCUGGGCUUUGAUGAGAAUGGAAACCAAAGUACUACAAACAGAUCAGCUGUUUUUUAUGAGCCCCCAGAUGCUGAGAGAAAGCAUGAUGCCACAGCACAGCUUGUCCAGCAAAAACCUCAUAACACAGAAGUCUACUUAAGCAUGUCAAGGAAGGAGGAGUUGUUACCCUCUUACAAGGUAGCACACAGCAACCGAGAUGCUGUGAGUCCUGCACAGGCCUCUAAACACAGCUUUCAAGCCCCGCAGAUCCAGCCAAGAGAUGCCGGUGAGAGAAAAAACCCCUACCAGUCCAGAGAGAACCGGGAGGCUGAAUCCCAGGCUGACAAAAAUGGCAACAUACAGAUAAGUGAGAGAGAUGCUACCACUCACCUCCAGUGGAGUCACAACAAAUCCAGGCAGUAUAGCUUCUCUUCUUUGCAGAACAUCCCUGAGAGCUCUAGGAGGCAAAGUAGCUCUGAGCCAUGUGAAAAUUAUUCCAGUGCCAAGCUGUCCUACUUGAACAACAGCAGUAAAGAGGAGAGGGAUCACAGAGGACAACGGAGCGAUGCUGACCCGCAGGCCUUUGUGAGGCAGGACGAGGGCAAGAGCAUGGUCCCAUUCCGUGCUGUAGAGCCAAAAUAUGAGGAGAUCCCUUUGCAGCACCCAAAGUCCUCUGAUCUUGGGAGGAGCCGACUCAGCUCUAGCAGCACCCAAGGUGUUCUUCAUGGCAAACCAGAUCCCAGCAAGUCCCGCUGUUCUGUGCUAGAGAAGGUCAGCAAGUUUGAGCAGCGGGAGCAAAGCACUCACCGGCCCCAGAGUGCUGGUGUUCCCAGCUUUGGCCAGCACUAUGGGCUCAGCAGAGUGAGCCAGCCCUCCAGCACCAAGAGCUCUCCAAACAGCCCGGAGGACAUGCGGAGCAAACUUGGCACCCAGAUGCCCAGUGAGAUGAGCAGGGUCUCCAGCCCCUCUGUCAGGAAUGGGAAGUUGGAAGAGGCUGAUUGGCGCUGCGUGGAGCUGCAGAUGGCAGCUUCAGCAAAGCAGGCAAGAUGCAAUGAGUACUAUGACACAUGUCCUGAAAGUGAAGUGCAAAUAAGGGUGGCCCAGCUGCCAAGGAGCAAAAGCACAUUCCAGCUGGGAGGGGAGCCUGAGAAAGAAGUCCUCUGGAAGGACAACAUCCAGGAUGCCCACGGAUCACAGCUGGACACACCAUUCAACAGGGCCUACAGGAACAGCAUUAAAGACGCACAGUCCCGAGUGCUGAGGGCCACCUCCUUCCGGCGCAUCAGCCCCCCAUUUGUGAAUAUGCCCAAGAGGGCGAUCCAGAGGCCUGCCUCGGCUCAUGUGGGCAUGAGGAGUAUGGCGGCAUCUCCCCACACCCCAAAGGAGAGACACAGCGUCACGCCAACGGAAGGCAGCCUCUCUGCCCUGGACCACUCCAGGACACAGCAUGUCUUGCGCAUCGGGGGCCGGAAGCGGCUGACAGCAGAACAGAAGAAGCGGUCUUACUCAGAGCCAGAAAAGAUGAAUGAGGUGGGCAUCUCUGAUGGGGAGCCAUCACCUUUCUCCUUCCAGAAGAAAGGCCUCCAUUUUGUCUUCCCAGAGAACACAGUGGCUGAUAGGCGUAAGAUCUUUGAAAGGGAUGGCAAAGCUUCUUCCACUGUCAGCCUCUCUAAGCCAGAGCUCAAGCAACUCCAGCAGAAUGCCCUCGCUGACUACAUUGAACGCAAAACGGGCAAACGACCAUCCUCACAGGACAUUGGGCUGCUCAGGGAGCGAUCCCACAGCUCCUACCUGCAAGCAGGCGGCCAGGACAGCCAGAGCCUUUCCUCUGCCUCCAGCAUGAAUUCUCUCCAGGAUCAGAACCUCUUCCGCCGGAGAGAGUCCAUUGAGCGGAUAGCCAGGACAGGGCGGGUGUCUUCCACCCUUCCUCCCGGGCUAACGGGCUGCUUUGAUGGGAGUGGGGAUGAGCAGAAGAAAGGACACCGGGACAGCUCGAUCAUGAGCAGAUCGAAAACAGACAGGUGUCGGGAUUACAGAGCCAAAAUGGAGCUCAACAAAGGCACGCAGACAGACCCUCUGCGCCCACAUGGCCAGCCUUGCUAUGGGAAGAAGGAGCGGAGCUUUGAAGCACCCAGGAAAUCUGGGAAAUCAGUGUCUGUGGAAGACUUACUUGAUAGAUAUGACAAUCAGCAAAGGAAUGCAUGUGUCCCUGUGCACACACGUUCCAGAUCGUCGCCCACAGCAGAUAAAAAACACCAGUCUUGUGGACAUUCACCACCCAAACCAGAGUUCUGCCUGGUGGAAGCUAGCUCAAGAAACAUGGACCUGCUGAGAAGAGAAAGCAGUGAAUUUGGUGCCAUGGUGAGAGAUCCUUUCUAUGUGAUCAGUGCAGGAGCCAGGUCUUUCAGCAAGAAAGAAAGAAGCCACUCAGAAAAAAUGACAUUUACAAGUUACUAUCCCCAUCCACACCACAUCAGUGAGAUUGGCACUGGGUCUUCCACACUGACCGAGAACCAUAAGGUCUCAGAACUUUCCAGACAAGAUGGCAGGAGUUCUGCAUUUGUUCCAUCUCCAACAGAGGCAAGGAGUCACUAUCCUGAGCAAAAACAAGGCUUUAAAUCCAUGUUCCUCAUUCCUUCUGCAUCUAGCCAGUCCUCCCCUAGUACACCUGCCUCUGACUUGCAGGCCACAGGUGAUGGCCAGGCUCUGAGACACUAUGCCGAACAAGAUGCUUUUUCUCUUGGAGGCAGCAGUACUACUCAGGCACCGUCUUUGGAUGCUGUUCAGGAUAGUUCCGUCGAGGCUCCUGCAGAGGAGAUUGUAUGCAGAAGGAAAGCAGGGCUGCUGCAAAGAUCCUCACACAGAGUGAUGUGGGCUCACUCAGUCAAAGACAACAGCUUGCCACAUGCUGUGGUGCCUCCUCCAGCAGAUGGGCCAAAGUUGUCCCAGAGGUGGCAGUCCCUUCCAACACAGAGCAGCACUUCCUCUGACCCAGAGACUCCUUCUCCUCAGGCGACAGCUCAGCUCCGGAUCUCAGAGUCGUGCCUGCAACUCACGCCUCCGCCAUUGCUGCAGGAUGAUGAAGACGAUGAGGUGUUCAUCAUGCCUUCCCAGCCUGCUGUCACUGCUCCGGCCUUCUCACCCCCACUGCCACCCCAUCCUCUUCCUGAGCUGAACUCUUGCACUUCUGCGAAUGGCACGGAGGAAUUCUCACCUCCUCCCCCACCAACUGCACUUGAGGAAUAUGGGGCAGCUGGAGACAAAUCCACCAGGCUCACAGAGGACAAAGCGAGCAGCUUCAAAAGCUUUUCCAAAGCCCUGGCCAAGAGGGAGAUAACAGGGUUGGGCACGAAUAUCAGUGAAAAUAAUUGGUCCCUCUCACCAUCUUUAUCAAAGAGGACUAAUUCUUCACCUGCUAUGGAUAAGCAGCAAUCAGCUACUUCUGAAGGGCUUCAAAGCUCAAAUGGAGUAGCCACAACUCAACCUGAGGGCAAGCACAGAGAACCAACUGUUAUCACCAGAGAGUCAGAAAAUGGCAAUGCAGACUCUGGGACACUCAACACAUGUCCUCCAGUGAAGACGAAGAAAAAAAGCCCAGAGGAUAUUAAGUCAGAGGCUUUAGCAAAAGAGAUUGUCCAUAAAGACAAGUCUCUGGCUGAUAUACUGGAUCCUGAUUCCAAAAUGAAGACCACCAUGGACUUAAUGGAAGGGCUUUUCCCCAGUGGAACCAGCUUGCUGAAGGAGAACAACAUGAAAAGGAAGAUGACACAGAAGAAAGCUAGCAGGACAGCAGCAGAAGAUAACAUGAAAGAAGAAAAGGAAGCUCCUGUAACCCUGGUCACCUGCCCUGCUUAUUAUAAUGUUUCAGCACCCAAAGCAGAACUACUGAAUAAAAUCAAAGACUUGCCAGAAGAAGUAGGGGAGGAGGAGGACCUGCUGGACAUCAAUGAGAAGAAGGCUGAGCUCAUUGGGAGCUUGACCCACAAACUGGAAAUCCUGAAGGAAGCAAAAGAAGGCUUACUUGCAGACAUCAAAAUGAAUAAUGCUCUUGGAGAGGAGGUGGAGCUGUUGAUCAGCGAGCUAUGCAAACCAAACGAGUUUGACAAAUACAAGAUGUUCAUCGGCGAUUUGGAUAAGGUGGUGAACCUCUUGCUUUCUCUCUCAGGACGCCUGGCCCGGGUAGAGAAUGUUCUCAGUAGCCUAGGGGAAAAUGCCAACAGUGAAGAGCGGAGCUCUCUGAAUGAGAAGAGGAAACUGCUGGCUGGCCAGCAUGAAGAUGCCCGGGAAUUAAAGGAAAAUCUUGACCGUCGAGAACGGGUGGUUUUGGAGAUCCUGGGCAACUAUCUCUCUGAGGAACAGCUCCAGGACUACCAGCACUUUGUAAAGAUGAAGUCUGCACUCCUCAUAGAGCAGCGAGAGCUAGAUGAUAAAAUCAAACUGGGUCAGGAGCAGCUCAAGUGCCUGAUGGAAAGCCUCCCCACAGACUUCACGCCCAGGGAUGCAACAGCAGCAGCUGCCCUAGCUGCAGCACUUGCUACCUCUGCUGGAGUCAAUGGUAAAACACUUCCAGCAGUCUCAUCCUCACUCUAACCUUUCCCAUGUGGACCUGCGGCAAAGUCUUCCUGCUUGAGUCUGUUUAAUCCAAGUACUGUGCAGAUGGCUCUCUACAGUGACAAUGAACAGAGACAGGUUUAAAACUAGAUUUUGGUGAAGGAAACAAAUAGCAAUAAUAAGGGUUUUAUUUUUCUUUCCUUCCACCACUGCUUCCUGGAAACUUAAAUCACUCUGGGGGAAACGAAGCUAAAUUGUGUCUCCUCCUUACAGAGAUGAGGAAGAGUCUCAUGAGAAUUAAACAUGUUACUUUUAAUAAAAGAAAAUCACGUCCUCUCUUUCCUGCUUUUCCUGCCUACCUGGCAUCUCAUUAAAUAAUGAAGGAUCUAAAAGAAUGAAGCCUUAAAAAUAAAACCAACCCAUUCUACUGAACAUUAUUGAUAUUUAUAUUUUUUAAAGAACAAGGUGAUGUGUAAGUUUUUGUACAUACUCUAAUCAGUUACUUGAUUCUACUUUGUUCUGUAUGUAGAAAAGACAUUUAAUUUUGUAUUUUGUGAAAACUUUAACAAAAAGAGGGAACCCCAAAGAUAGUGAUGCAUUAGCCUGGAACAUCUCUUUGUGGUUUUGUUGUUGUUAUUGUUUGUUUUUUUAAUAUAAUAAAAGGCUACCAGAAGAAGCUUCAA